GUUAGGUUGACAUUUUUUUAAUAUGUAAUGAACGUCAUAUUAGAUUUAGUGUGCAAUAAGACCUACGAAAUACAAAAUAUCCCGUACGUAAAAGUAAAAGACAUCGCCGUGCGACUAUUCGAAAUGGCGUCCGGCAAUCACAAGAAGCACUGUCUGAAGUGCGAGAACUUCAAGCGGAAGAUCGAGGAGUGCGACCAGACCGUCUCCGCCCGCGACAUCAUCAUCCAGAUGCUCCAGGACGAGGUGAAGAAGAAGGAGGGCCUCUAUCGCAACGCCGUCGACGAGCACGAGAAGCUGCGCUUCCUGCAUUACAACGUCGCCCAGGAUUACGCCAAUUUAAAGGAAAUCCACAAGAAGGUGCUGGAGGAGAACAGGAAACUCCACGAUGAAAAACAAGACUUGCUCAACAUGAUCAAAGAGUCGAGACCGAAGAGCCGCAGCAACAUGAAAGGCGUGGUGGACGGUUUGACCAACAUCCAGAGCGUGAUGUACUGCCAGAACAAAAGCGUCAGAUCAAUGCUACUGCAGCUGCUCGACGAAUUCCGGAAAACCAAGCCAGAAAAAUCACUAGAUUAUCAAUACCGCUCGGCGCAUCCAGAAGAGCACGACCAGCCGUUGAUGAGGAGAAUCGACGAGCUGAAUUUCGUCGUGGAGAAAUUACAGAAGGAGAACAAGAAGAUCAAAGAGAACCUGCACGAGAAGCAGAUAAAUUUGUCCAGGUGCUUGACGGUGUUGGAGAACAACAACGCUGAUAUAGACAAUCUCUCCGAGCACAUAGAGGGAUUGUGCAGGGAGAGGGACAAGUACGCCGAGGAAAUCGCCGCAUUGGAGAACAAUUUGCUGGCCAAAAACAACGAAUUGGAAGAGAAGAACAACGAAUUAGAAUCGAAGAACAACGAAUUAGAGUCGAAGAACAACCAAGUGGUCGAGUUGAAAUCGGACAACGAGAAUCUGAUCAGCGACAUCGAUUCGCUCCAUCUCAAAAUCGACACGUGCAUGGCCGAUUUGGAGAAGCUCAAAGACGAAAUCGAAAUGAGCGUGGAGGAGAAGAACCAAUACAAAUCCCAAGCGAUGGAGUACCAAAAUCUCUACUCUCAAGCGGAAGAGAAACUCAAAGAAUUCGAAUCGUACAAACAAAGCAUGCUUCUCACCGUAGAGAAACUACGAAGCGAUAUUAAAGCUGUCGAAGCGAAAGAAACCAGCACCUUUCAAUGCCAAAUCGUGCCGCAAUUAGUCAAUUGCCAGGUGCAGGAGAGCCCGAAAAUGAAGAACCAAUACACCGAGAGCCUCAUCAAUAGCUUGUGCACCAGCUACAAGAUCACCCAAGUGGGCGAUUCGGACAUCUACACCGAGCACGUCAAGAAGCAGGAACUCCAAGCGGUCAACAACGAAUUCGCCCAAUACAAAUGCCUCAUGGAAUUCAAAGUGCAAUCGCUCGAAAAGGACAAGACCGACCUCAAGGAGCAAAUAUCCCACUACGACAAGGACCACAAGUACAAGUCCGAGCUGGAGAUCAAGGUGCAAACGUUGGAAAAGGACAACUCCUUAUUAAGGGAAUCCCUGGCUUCGGAAUCCGGCUCGAUGAAGCUGCAAGUGGAGAAGCUGAAAAACGAAAGCACCAUAUCCUUCUGCCAGUUCAAGACGAAAAUCAGCGAGCUGGAGAUCGAGAACGCCGGCUUGCGGGACACCCUCAACAACAUCACCAGCGACGGCAGGGACUCGCUGAAGAAGCUGGAAGAGAACUACCUCAUCUGCAAAAACGCGCUCGAACUGAAGAUGCGACAGAUCGAAGAGGACAACAAGCAUCUCAAAGAGACUUUAGACUUCGUCACCAAAGACGAAAAAUCCGCGGAAAACGAAUACAAAACCUGCAAGCAAGUGUUCGAAACCAAAAUCAACAAGCUGGAGAAAGAGAACGCCAAUUUGAAGAUUCACUUGGACUUCAAAACCGAAGAAUCGAGCAAACUGGAUGCCGAAUGUUUGAAACAACAAGCUAUCAUCGCCAAACUAAACGAAAACAACCAAAAACUGCAAGAAUCUAUAAAGAAAGUCGAAGACAAUAUGUUAACAUUGCAGCAACAAUUGGACAACAUCAAGCAACGUUUAGAAUCUAAAGAUUCCGAACUAAACGAGAAGCAAUCGAUUAUAAAGAAGCUCAAAGACGUGCAGAACAAAUGUCUGCAGCAACUCAAGCGCCACCAACAAUUCGCAUGUCCCCAAUCGGAACUGGAAGAAGAAUUGGAAACCAGAAUCAAGCGGAUGAUCGAAGAGAAUUCCGACAUGCAGAAGCUCCUCUUGGAAAAGCCCAAAAUCGAUCAGCUGAACCAGACGGACGAGAUGCGCGAGAUAAACGAGCUGCACAAGAAAGUCGUGGAUUUGGAAAGCGAAUUGGAAAACGCCAAUCUGGAGCUGACCGAGUACGAGGAGGAAAACAGGAGUUACUCGCAGAAAUUGCAGAAUCUCAUGAACGAGGUGACCUGCUUGCAGGAAACCAAGAUACAAGCGGAAGAGGAAUUGAAGGAAUUGUCCACCAAACUCGAAAUUCUGAAGGAAGAAUUGGAGUUGAAAGAUCAGAAUAUCCACGAUUUGAACGAUAAAUUGGCGAAUUUGGACGAAAGCGAUUCGAUGUCCAACAACCUGAGGAACGAGUUGGUAAAGAUUCAACUGGAAAACGAGAAGUUCAAGAAAGAGGAGACGGAGUGGAAGCAAAAGGAGGCCCAAUUGAGGGAAGUGCUGCAGAAGAACGUGGAGAAAUGCUCGAAAUUUCAAACGGAAAUCGAUCAAUUGGUCGACACCAAACGAAAUUUGGAAGAAAAAUUGAACGAAUUCGAUUCGAACAAAAUGGAUUUAGAAACCAGAAUAGUCGAUUUGGAACUCGAAAUAGACAACAAAAUGUCGGAGGUUGAAAAUUUAAAAAACAACAUAAUCGAAUUAGAAAAAGACAAAUCCAGCAAUAACGAUAACGACAAUCAAGAUCUUAUCAACGAAUUAACGAGAAAACAGAACAUCAUUAAGAGCCUAGAAGAAUGCAUCACGAAGAGUAACGUGAUAAUAGAACAUUGCGAAAACGAGAUGAAAUCGGUGCAGACAAUCAACAGAAAUUUGAAAGCGGAAUUGGAACUUAAAACGAAAUUACUCGAGGAACAACAACCCGUUUCUAAUCCCACUCUAAGAGACAAAACGGAACUUCUGUUCAAAGAGAACAAACGCCUCAAAGACCAACUCACCAGAAACGGCAGUUUGCAAAUCAACAAAGAAAUCUCCACGCUUCGCAAAGAACACGACCGGCUGCUCAAGGAGAGCCAAGCCAAAGACAAGGAAAUGGACAAAAUCAAGCAAGACCUCAUGCAGUUCGUCGGCCAGUUAAAGAAAGAACCCGCCAAGAAACCCACGAAAAUAGCGUCGACGCCGAAAUCGAAAUCCUGCGAACUCAAACCCAAGCAACAAUCCAGAACGAAACUGCCCAGGCAAAGCGAACCGCCCAAAUUGAAGAAACCCACCCACAGCGUGCAGAAGUUGAACUUCGCGCCGUCGCAACCGAAGCAAUUCCAGCACAAGUGGAGCGACGUGGACAGAUACACCACGUCCCCUAAUCUCCUCAACGCCGACAAAUCCUCCUUGCUCGGCGACAAGAAGCCCCAUUUCGUCAGGAACAAGUCCAAAAACGUGUCCGUUUACCUGGCGUUGGGCAACACGUCGCCUUGCGCCGAUUGCUUCGUCGAAAAGGGCCAAGUGGGCGACUGCCCGGGUCCCGCCAAAAGCGAGAAAACCGCCGCCAAGCCACCGCCAGCUCUGUUCGACGAAGAAACCUGCGCGAAAAUCACAACCACAACCACCGGCACGGAUCCCAUACGAACCUCGUCCGCCGCCAAAACCGUAUCCACGCAAGCCCAAUCGGACGCGCCGCCCGAUCCCCUGCUCACCCAGCUACGCGCCAAAAUCCUGUCGAAAACCACCCCCAGCCGGGAAUCCGUCGCCGACGAUCCCAUCGACGGCGAUCGGCCCACGUGCGAUUGCAUGUCGCUGAUCAUGCAACAGUACAAGACCUACGACGGCGACGCCCGCGUCGAGAACGAGAUCUACGACAUCGUCGAGUACGAGCAAUCGGCGCCCAAGGCGGGCCUGCGCGGCUGCCGCUUCUCCUUCGGCUCCUACUGGUCCGAGUCGAAGAUCGACCGGACGGGGCGGAGGCGCGCCUCGGACGAGGCCAGCGGGUCGGAGACGACGACGACGACGACGUCGCAGUACGACAGCAGCUGCUGCUUCGACGGCUCGGAGGCGUCGGAGGCGUCCGACGCCUACGACGGCUGCGAGGAGAGCGAGAGUCUAUCGUCCUUUUGAAGAGCAUCACAAUUUCAUUGAAGACUUACUUAUCCGUUUUGUGAUCGUUGUACAAAAUAGUCCCGCUUUAAAAACGUCUAUUCGAGAAGGUAAAUACCUAAACACAAUAAAAAUGUAAUUUCC